AUGUCAGACGGCACGGUUCUCGUCUCAGGCGAGCUGCGAGCCGUGAGAGCGAGAAGCACCGGUGUCGAGCAUUCCGACACCGCCGACCCUAUUGUUGAGAGGCUUUUUCCAAUACCAUCGAUCGUUGAGAAGUUUUCAAAGGGAUCACCUCUGUUGCAGGCCCCACAACCCCUUAUAAUAUUUUUAUAUAUUACUAGUUGCUACCGAAAGGUCCUGAAGUGGGAGGAUGUAGAAAUUGGAGAGCCAAAAGAGGGUGAGAUCCGUGUGAAGAACAAGGCAAUAGGACUCAACUUCAUUGAUGUGUAUUGCCGGAAAGGAGAUUUCAAACUUUCACCAGUGCCCUUCACUCCAGGUAUGGAGGCAAUUGGAGUAGUGACAGCUGUUGGCUCUGGAUUAACUGAAAUGAAAGUUGGGGAUGUUGUUGCUUAUGCUGGUUUACCAAUGGGCUCAUACAGUGAAGAACAGAUCCUUCCUGCCAAUGUAGCGGUGCCUGUUCCACCUUCAAUAGACCCCAUUGUUGCAGCAUCUAUCAUGCUUAAGGGUAUGACGGCUCAGUUCCUUGUCCGUCGGUGUUUCAAGGUUGAAUCUGGACACAAGGUCCUUAUUCAUGCAGCAGCUGGGGGAGUUGGUUCUCUACUGUGCCAAUGGGCUAACUUACUGGGUGCCACUGUUAUUGGAACUGUGUCAACUGAAGAAAAGGCAGCUCAAGCCAAGGAAGAUGGAUGUCACCAUGUCAUAAAUUACAAAAAGGAGGAUUUUGUUGAAGCUGUCAAGAAGAUAACACCAGAAGGAGUUCAUGUUGUCUAUGAUUCUGUGGGGAAAGAUACAUUCAAGGGAUCAAUGGCAUGUUUAAAGAGUCGGGGAUACAUAGUGAGCUUUGGGGUGGCAUCAGGUACACCAGACCCAGUUCCAUUGUCAGAUCUUGUAGCAAAAUCCUUGUUCUGGACGUGGGGUUCACUAUUCCAUUAUGCUGAAACCCGGGAAGAAUUGCUGGAAACGGCUGAAGAUGUAUUUACUAAUGUGGCAUCAGGUGUCCUGCAUGUCCGUGUGAACCACAAAUACCCUUUGUCACAGGCAGCACAGGCCCACGCAGACCUUGAGAACCGGAAGACAACUGGUUCUGUAGUGUUGAUACCAGAUGGUGCAGAGCUUUAAAUCAUACAAUACCAAUAUUUUUGAGUUUGUUGAUAUGAAAUGAAAACAAGGAAUAAGAGAAGCAGAGUGGUUUGAUAUAUGAAAUUGGAGUUGUGUCAGGUUUGAAGCCAACUCUCAUUUCAAAUACCCCAUUAACUUUUGUAGUAUAAAACAGGCACUGGCCAAAUCUCUUUUCACUUUCUUUGGAACUUCAUAUAUACUUGUGGGGUAUGAUGAAGGCUGUUUAGUUGGUUACUGAUCAGAUUGUUUUUGUCUCUACUGGUUAUUCAGUUUGUGAAACUCCGAAUUGGAAUAAAAUUCUUGUUCAUUUACAGUUAA